CACGGUGGCACUGCGAGGCUAUGCGAGAUUCAUGAUUCAGGUCGAUUCAACAUUUCAGGAAGAACAGCUUGCCUGAAGCCCAAUAAGUAUUUCCAGUUGGUUCCGAACUACAUGACUCCCGGCCGUAUCAGUAUUGAAGCGGAGAACACAGGCUGAACUUGACUUCAGUGACACUCCUGAAGCGCUUUAUAUGUCCAGGGUCCAGGGAUGAUGAUUAUCCUCAGCGCUUUCAAUCCGGCGGUGCAAAGAUUGUUGCUAAGGGCUAAUUAUGUAUGACAGACGUGACUUCAAGAGUCCAUGGCCACUUAGAUUCAUUCAUCUUUCCUCCAAAACAUACUUCCUUUUUCUUUUCCUUCGUCUUCUCCAUGACAUACUCUAUGCGUCUCGUUCAGCGGGAAGGGCGCAGGAUCGCCCGUUUUCUGCAACGGCGCGAUUCUAACGCUAGCGCUGUCUCUAGUACAUCUUCCGCACCUUCACCUACUACUAUCCCUGAAGGACCUGAAUGGGCACUUCCACCGACAACGACGCCUGUAGCCACUUCAAAGAAUUUCCCUGUUUCAAGCCAAACCCUUAUCGCACUUUCAAUCCUUGUGUUUAUCGUCCUUGGCAUCGCGUUCUGGCGCAUACGAGUGCUGAGAAGGAAAUCCAUCAAGGGCAACGCUGACGUUGCGGAUAGGGGAGAUGUAGAACGACAGAAAGAUAAAUGGCUUGCACCGUCUACAACUAAUCCCCUAGCUCUUGACACUGUCGCGGCACCUGCUGGUGUUGGCUGGGCACCACAGUUUCGCUCGAUUAGCGGUCCUGAGUAUGUAAGAGAAGCUGCCAAAGAAUCCAAGCCACUUCCUCCCAAGCGAUCACGUUCUCCACCGCCAUCUCUCGUUUCUAUACCAUCUCAAGAUCCCUUUGUUGACCCCAGACCUAAGUCUGCUCCUCCAAGGUCACCCGGGACUCGUGAGGUGGACCGCGCCAUUAACAUAUCAUCUCCGUCGUCCCCUCAGCCCUAUGCUCUCUCUGUAAGUGGAUAUCAGGUUAGAGGUCUCUGGACGAAGGAAAAGGGAACACGAGAUUGGGAUGUUUGAAUUACUGCAACUUUUGCAUAACCAUGAUGAUUCAGGACGACUGCUUAUGAUGUCAACUGCAAACUCAGCGGAAUCCUACUACAGUCCACUAGCUACAUUUGGCUUCGCUUUGGUUUUAGGUAUCCCCUUUUUUGACAUCUCUUCGGAGACCUCACUGCAUAGGUUUAAUGCGUAUUCCGCUCUUUAGUAACCCUUAAUUUAUUCUAUGGUUAAUUCGUUUACGGAGCACGUUGAGACUGAGAGGUGAGG